CACAUGAUACGUUGUAAUUUCGCCAUCUUGCAUCGUCGAUCAACCUGAGUGGAUAUCCUCUCCGUAAAAUCGAAUUUUUCACCCUAGUUCAAUUCCAAAUCUAAGAAAAAUGACCGACGUAGUUGAGAAACAACCCCUUUACACACCGUUCUUCGGAGCAAUGGGUGCAACGGCGGCUAUGGCCUUCAGUGCCUUGGGAGCUGCCUAUGGCACAGCCAAGUCUGGUACUGGAAUCGCUGCCAUGUCUGUGAUGCGGCCGGAGCUGAUCAUGAAGUCUGUGAUCCCCGUCGUCAUGGCUGGUAUCAUUGCCAUCUAUGGUCUGGUCGUAGCUGCCCUCAUCGCCAAUAGUAUCACCAAAGACUACACACUCUUCACGAGCUUCUGCCACUUAGGUGCGGGACUGAGUGUGGGUUUGAGUGGUCUAGCUGCUGGAUUUGCCAUCGGAAUUGUGGGAGAUGCAGGUGUAAGAGGAACAGCACAGCAACCCAGAUUAUUUGUCGGGAUGAUUCUUAUUCUUAUUUUUGCUGAAGUACUGGGUCUAUACGGACUUAUUGUAGCUCUUAUCUUGGCCACCAGAGGAUAACGCUUCCACACACUUCUAUUGACUGAUCAUACAAACUGUAGUAACAAUUGGAAACACAGCAGACUAGAUACAAGCAGGCGAGCGACCCUCGACUAACAUUCCGAUUGUAGCAUCUUCCUGUAUCUGAUUAUCAACUUAAAAAUAAGUCUUUUGUUUAUUUAGUCAUUUUUACGUAAACAUGUUUUUAGAAUUCUUGUCAGAACAAAGUACAAUAUGUAGAAUGGGGACAAAUUGUUGUGUAAAAUUUUGAUCGUCCUUUCUGUUAUAGGGUAAUAAACAUAAUUUAUACUUUCUUAGAUUGUUACCGGCACUAUUUAGAGUUGGACGUACCCUGUAAUUCAACACAAGUGUCGGCCAUUGUGGUGGCAUGAUGUGACGUGUUCCAGUUACCUAUAUGUUGACGUUAGCCUUGUAUAUAUACAGAUCGUUGCUGAUGGAUGGGCAUGUCAGAUUGUUUGAGAGUUGCAAUGAAGUCAACAACCUUCUUACAUCAUUGUCACACUCAUUGCUAACAGAUCAUGCAUUUCUAAUCCCUCGAGUGAUUUGAACAAUGUCACCAGGUUGUAUGUGUGAGAAUGAUUGAAGACUACAAAGUUGAUUUGUGAUUAUGUUACCUAGUGGUGCAGAUACAUCCAAUUAUUUAUAUAUAACUUGCAAUGUUAUAGAAGAAUCCGAUCAUGGAAUUAUUUACCUUAUGAAAUAAUUUAAUUAAUUUCUACUCUUUUGUGUAUGUAUUUUGUCCUAUGUGUUAUUAUAUAUGAUACAAAAUAUAUUUGGAAAUGUAGAUAUAUUUUUUGUUUGUUUUGGUCUGCUAUAUGCAGACAGUGAUACAAGCUAGCCAGUCAAUGAUGCGAGAGCGAGCGAGAAAUGUUUGAAAAUGGGUCAGAAAACGGGAUAAAUAUUGCUAAACUGCUUACAUAUUUCAUAGUUGAAACAUUAAAGUGCUUGUCUAAUCCAGAAAAUCAAAUUUGUAUACAAGGCUAUGAGCAUCAACAGUUCUGUGUUGCUAACAUCCUAAUCAUAAAUACCUGGACGCCAAAACCUACAUUUAUUUCAUGCCUUGUGAGAACCAUAGUUCCAGACAUUGUUUGAAAAUGGUCUUUACUUCUGCUUCAUAGAAUUUGUUAUUAGAUUCGAUGCCAUAUUCCUUGUGAAAAAAUAUUGUGUAACCAGUUCAGCUGUCUCGGCCCAUCCUUCAUAUCCUAAUAAAUAACUAGUCUCGACAACUUGUACACUAGGUACAUAUUAUCUACGACUGUUUAUAAUUCAAGGGAUCAAAUAAGAAGACCGAAGUAUCUAACAUUUUUCAUCUUCUAAACUUUUUGGUUGAUGUGUAGAAAUUUGUGAGCAUUCCAGUAAUGCCAGCGUAUGUUGUAGCUUCGAUAGUUGUAUGUAUUUCCUAUACAAGACCGGCUAUUUUCAUUGGAGCUGUGAAGGUUUUCCUCGAUCACUUUCUAGCUGUAAAAUUUCCUAGCAGAACAUUUUUCUAAAUUGUUUUCCCCAACCAUGUAAACAAAAAUUGCAUGAAUGAUCUAAUACACACGAAAUUAUAAAUAUGAUAUUGUCAUUUUCAUGUACAGAGUAUAUUUGUUUUCAUGUUGGUGAGAGUAUUAAACAGUCACCACACACAAAAAA